GGGCCACAACCGAGGAAACAGCGCCCCACCUGGCUCCCCAGGCUGAGAGGCCCCGAACUGAGGGCGCACCCUGCAGAAUCACGCUCCUCUGGCCCUGUGCUCAGGGUAUGACAUCAGUGUAGGGAGCCUUGGCCGGGUUGCCUCUAGGACCCAGACCCGGUCACACUGAAUCAGAGGUUGCCAGGCCCUGGUUCCCUGGACUGCCUCGUCCCGGGUUCUCCCAUCGCUAGGAAUGUUUUACUGGUAACAAUACUUGAGUUGAGAAGAUCCAUGUUCAUCCUACGCGAUUCAGCCCCAUUCAGACGUCUAGGUGGCUUACCAAGCACUGCCGGGGAGAAUCUUUUAUCACUUGAAAAAAGGAGUCCAUUCAUUCUCUACAAUUUCUAUACCAUACCUUAAUUAAAAUGCCACGAAGCUAUACCCUGAAAUUGGAGACCAGAGCACUGGGGGCUGUGCAAAUCAUGAACGGCCUGAUUUACAGUGCAUUGGGGUUUCUCUGUUUUGCAUUAUUUCUCGAAGAAGAGGAGAGAAAACAUACUGGUUAUAUCCCUGUCGUGGUUACACUAAUUUACAUAUUUUGGUCAUUGCCAUUUUUCAUCUCCUCGGGAUCCACCAGCAUAGGAGCACAGAAGCGUCCCACAAAAUACAAGCUUAUUUAUAGCCUUGUUAUGAACAUCUUAAGUGUCUGCUUUUCUAUAGUUGGUACAAUAAUAUUAAGCAUUGCAUGUUUCACGUAUCAUGCAGACACCAACGAAUACGUUUGGACACAUAUGGCUGGUAGUAUGCUUUUACAAUAUUUACUCUUCAGCACCAUCACGGAAGUGAUCUGUGCAUGCAUAACUAUCAGAUGGAUUGUAGUAGCAUUGAGUCAUCCAGAAUACAGUGAAAAGACAUCCCACGGUAGGAGUGUGGCAUUUGCAGGGCACUACUCUCUGAAGCUGAAGGAGCAGAGAAGCAGCUGUAAGGUUUGUGGGUGUCUACAGGAAGAAUCCCAUUCCCAGCUGAGAGUCUUUGAGACCUGGAUGGAAUUGGCUGAGCUGCUCCAGAGCAACUGGGGCCAGAGCUAA